AUGAUGGACAGACGAUCAGAUCUAAUACGGGAUUCGGAGCUUGACGCGCUGUUCAAUACUGAAUUUACAGUGCAUACUUAUCGAGAGGCUUCCGCCAGCUGGGGGGGAAGAGUAGUGCAGAGGCAGGAAUAUUGGCGUCGGGUAUCUCGGAUUGGCCGGGGCGCAUACGGCUCUGUUUGGCUCGGAAAGUGUGUGCGGGGUCGUCAAGAUAUCGAAUGGCGAGCUGUGAAGCAAGUCUCGACAAAACCCCUGAGUAGUGGAAGACGUAUCGACUAUAGUCGAGAGUUGGAAGCGAUUGCCAAGUUCUCACAUCACAAGUAUGUCCAUCGUUUCGUGGAGUCAUUUGGAUGGACAUCUCCGCUCUCCGAGGAAGCCGCAGGAGACGUUACAUACCAGAUCCUCGAAGGUCUUUCUUAUAUGCACGAUAAUCAGUUUGCCCAUCGGGACUUAAAGCCUGGAAACAUUCUCAUCAAAUCCUGCCCACCCCAGCUAUGGUGGGUUAAAAUUGGAGACUUCGGUGUUAGCAAACGCCUUGAAAACGAAACCGCCAAAUCCACACUUUUAAAGGGCACCUUGGGCUUCAUCGCGCCUGAGCUGCAUGGAUUCACGCCGCUCGGAACCCCAUUCGCAGCUGACAUGUGGUCUCUCGGCGAGAUUUCGUUUCAGCUAAUCACCAAAGAGCCCGUGUUCAAAAAUACUGCUGAUUUCGCGACUUACGCUCUUCAAGGCCAACCUUUUCCAUCUGUGGAUUUACUCACCCAUAACGUUAGUGCCGCAGGGCAAAAUUUCAUGUCGUCACUAAUGGUACCUACGCCGGAGAAAAGGUUGACUGCAGAGCAGGCCCUGAAACAUCAGUGGAUGAAGCAGUACCUUCCGCCAACUAUUCAGCCUUCCCCACCGUCUCAGGAAAUGACUACGAUAUCCGUCCGAGGACAGGUCAAAGCGCAAAGAAAGGUGACUUACCACCUAGGGCAAGUUAAUGGCUACACAGGUCUUGUCAGGAGCGUGGCAUUCUCGCCUGAUGGCACCACACUCGCGUCCGGUUCAGAUGACAAGUCGGUACGAGUAUGGGACUCUGCCACAGGUAUACAGCUAGAGCAGUUCAACAGCCACACAGAUGUAGUCAGGAGCGUGUCAUUCUCGCCUGACGGCACCACAAUCGCGUCCGGUUCGAGUGACACGUCGGUACGAGUAUGGGACGCCGCCACAGGAAUGCAGUUGCGGAAGCUCGUCGGCCACACAGAUUCGGUCAUGAGCGUGGCAUUCUCGCCUGAUAGCAUCGUAAUCGCCUCCGGUUCGUGGGACAGGUCUGUACGAAUAUGGGAUGCCGCCACGGGAAGGCCGCUGCGGCAGCUCACCGGCCACAUAUAUUCAGUCAGGAGCGUGGUAUUCUCACCUGACGGCACCACAAUUGUGUCCAGUUCGGGGGACUGGUCGGUGCGAAUAUGGGACACUGCCACAGGAAGACCGCUGCGGCAGCUCGUCGGCCACACAGAUUCGGUCACAAGCGUGGCAUUCUCGCCUGACGGCACCACAAUCGCGUCCAGUUCGGAUGACAGGUCGGUGCGAGUCUGGGACGCCGCCACAGGAGUGCAGCUGCGGCAGCUCGACGGCCACACGUAUUCGGUCGGGAGCGUAGUAUUCUCGCCUGACGGCACCACGAUCGCGUCCGGUUCAUUUGACAAGUCGGUGCGAAUAUGGGAUGCCGCCACAGGAUGGCAACUACGGCAGCUUGUCGGCCACACAGAUUCGGUCAGGAGCGUCGCAUUCUCGCCUGACGGCACCACAAUUGCGUCCGGUUCAUUUGACAAGUCGGUGCGAAUAUGGGACGCCGCUACAGGGCGAGGAAACCUCACAUGGAAGAACCCCUGGAUGUGA